AUGUGCCGUGGUUUGGAGUAUCGACGAGUUGACGGGUUUUGCCAGCUGACAACAUGUUCACAGUGGAGCUAGCUAGCAAUGUAAACAAUCAUUCUGCAACUCACAGGCACCGGAGUCUCGGUAUUGAUGUGAUUUGAAUGUAACUGAAGGAGUGGGACGGUUGUUUGAUUUUUGUUGUUUUAUGUCGCCCCCUUCCUGAAAUUGAAAUAUUUUUGGUGUCAAUACCCUGUACAAUAGGUGGCGGCAAUACACCAAUAGGUGUAGUCUGUCAAUACAACUUUGAAGAAGAAGAAUCAUUCUGCAAAUUCGGCAGUAUUUAUACUUGAAUAACGUGCAUUUUGCAGCAGUGAAGGGGUCCACAGCAACUUUGAUGCAACUGUGAACAUCAUCAUCAUCAUGGCUUCGAGCUUCGCCCCACCGAAACUGGCUAAUUUCAUUCUCACAGAGAGGCUGGGCAGUGGCACCUAUGCGACAGUUUACAAAGCCUACAGAAAGGGGGACAACCGGGAGGUGGUGGCAGUGAAGGUGGUUGGGAAGAAGAGUCUGAACAAGGUGUCUAUGGAGAACCUGCUGACUGAGAUAGAGAUCCUGAAAACUGUUCGCCACCCUCACAUUGUUCAGCUGAAGGACUURCAGUGGGACAGUGAYAACAUCUAUCUGAUCCUGGAGUGGUGUUCUGGUGGGGACCUGUCCCGUUUCAUCCACAGUAGGCGCUUGCUACCUGAGAGGGUGGCUCGGCUCUUCCUGCAGCAGAUAGCCUGCGCACUUCAGUUUCUCCAUAAUCAUAACAUCUCCCAUCUGGACCUGAAACCCCAGAACAUUCUGCUCAAUGGUUCUGUUCUUAAACUAGCAGAUUUUGGCUUUGCGAGUUACAUGUCUCCGUGGGAUGAGCAGAGUGCUCUGAGGGGCUCUCCUCUCUACAUGGCCCCUGAGAUGGUGUGUCGACGGCAGUAUGACUCKAGGGUCGACCUCUGGUCUGUGGGAGUCAUCCUGUAUGAGACACUAUUUGGCCGGGCACCAUUUGCCUCCAGAUCCUAUGCUGAACUGGAGGAGAAGAUCCGCAGUGACAAGCCCAUCGAGCUGCCUGCAGGGGCCAGAGUGUCCAGGAACUGCAGGGACUUACUGCUGCGGCUGCUGGACAGGGACCCUGACACCCGCCUCACCUUCACUCAGUUCUUCUCCCACCCUUGGGUGGACCUCGAGCACAUGCCCAACGAAGAGAGCCUGGGGAAAGCGAAGGAUCUGGUCCUGAAAGCUGUUCAGAAGGACCAGGAGGGGGAUAGAUCAGCUGCCCUGUCUCUGUACUGCAGCGCACUGGAACACUUUGUCCCUGCCAUUCACUAUGAAACAGACAGACUGCGUAAAGAUGCCCUCAGGAAAAAGGUUAGUCAGUACGUGUCCAGGGCAGAGGGGCUGAAAGCUCUGGUGUCUGCAGACAACAGCCUCUGCUUUGAGCAGUUCAAGUCCACCAGAGACAUCCUGAGAGAGAUGUCCCGUGACCAACCACGGGUGCUGGCUGCUCUGGAGCUGGCAUCUACAGCCAUCGCCAUGGAAGAGAAUGGGAUAGAGGAUCAUGAUACACUGGCUCUGUACCAGCAGAGUCUGGGAGAACUACUGCUAGCCCUGGCAGCUGAAGGCCAGGGGCGCCGGAGAGAGUUGCUCCACUGUGAGAUCAAGAGCCUAAUGACCKGAGCUGAAUACCUCAAAGAACAGAUCAAGAUGCUGGAGAACCAAAAAGACGUGUCAAUGGAUAGAGAGCCUCUAUCAGAAUCUGUGAGAAGUUCAUGCUGUGUGCAGUGAGCCAGCCUGGCAGUAGGAACCAGAGAGAGGGCCAUCGUGCCUGCGGAGCACCAGACCUCCUGAACCUCUACGGGUCAGGCUAAGGAAUCCCUCAGGCAUCCGAGACCAUGGCCUCAUUAGUCUCGCAUCACCAUACUCGUAAGUCUCAAUCAUCGCACGGCUGUUGUUUCCCAACAAACAUGAGAAAGCCUGGAAAUGGAGGCUAUGGCGUCAGAGACAAUCUACUCUGUUAUUACUCUGCCUGGACUUCAACUAGCAGCUUGUCAGCCUUGCAUCCCCCUCACCAACACAACACAGAAGACUGUCACAGUCUCCAGUCACUGCUCAGCCUCUAAGUUCUCCUGCCUAACCAUUCAUAUGGAAAGGCUGGACAGCUUGUAUGCUAAUACUGUACUGUCAUGAUAAACUAGUGCUGUAUCAUGUUGUUGUGUUAUGUUGCAGGAUGAAUAAGAGUAAUAAUGAGCCUCAAGUGCUUGUAGUUGCACAAUAGAUGGCGACUUGAACUCAGAAUGGCUACCCAGCAUAGCAAGUUUGUAGUCUGUAACUGAUGGGAGUUAUCGAAAUGUAUCAUGAAUAUUUGGGAAAGCCCUUCUGUCGCCCCACACAUACACACACACACAAACUAAAUCCCUUUUCUGUGGCCUGACCACAGCCUCACCACGCUCCCUCUGCUGAUGGAGCAGCCUCUACCACUAUGAGAGGAAAACUGGAGAGGUGCGGCUGCUGCCUUAUUUACUCUGUAGACUUUCAUUUACUUUUGGGUUGGCACCGGUCAGGAUGAAGGCAUACAGUAGCAACUGUGAAGUCAAGGCGUGCGUCACAAAUCAGCCUGCUUUAGUAGCCUGCCAAAAGGUUGGAAAUUUGGUGACAGGUUAACCGUUAUUGCUGUUGUGGGUAUUUUUUUUCUGUUUGUUUUCAGUGAGCAAGGUUGUGUGCAUGAAUCUACUUUCAAGGGAACUUUUAGUAUUUGUGAAUAUGCUGUAUCAUAGGAGGCUAUCUGCUGUUUAAUCAGGAAAUGGAAUGGUGUAACUGAAAAGGAAGAAAUGUGUCGAAUUGAAAACUCACAAUUGUGUAUUGUUUUGUAUGAUUUUAUAAAUUAUUUAUUACCGUAAAAGGCUGAUUCAAUUGAAUUAAAAUUGGCUAUGUAA